CUUUGUCUCGUUGAACCCUAACCCCUGCUCCCCCGCUAUACCCUUUUGCUGCAUAGUGUUCACGGCGGGCUUUUGCCCAACUGCGCGCUCCCCUUUCCGAGUGACUCCGAUGACCCUUUCAAAAGACAUAUAUUGCACUGUCACAGCUCCGAACUCGGUAUCACACCUCCAGAGAGGCUUAUCUAUUUUCUUCGAGAGAGAAAUACAAUAUUAUUGCAGGUCUUGGGACCAAAACGGCCUUGGCUGCAGUCAGAUCUAUGUAAAUAGGCGAGCUUCCCCAGGCUAAUGGAACCUUCCGGCAUCCACCUGGUCUUUACCUGCAGCAGCUCCGCCACUGAUCACCUAGCGCAUUCCCCACUCUCUCGGGUCAUCCUCCGUGAAAGGCUGCCAUCGUCAUUCAUCCAACUAACUGUAUUACACCGAUUGCCUACAAAUAGGCAACGUUUUUGCGCUUGCACAUCUACAGCCAACUAUACGCAACGGUCACCACCAGUUUGAUCCGACAUUGAUAACAGGCACAAUGGCGAGCACAGCCAAGUAUACGCCUGCUGCGCAGGAAGAUCCCGAUGCGCACCUCUACACGCAGCCGCCUCCGUCGUACCAGGCUGAGAGCAGCUCGGCGCAAGACAACGCUGCCCUCUUUGGCGGCGCCCCUCGCAGCAGCGAAGACAACAUCCCCGAUGACUUCAAGUUCGGAGGUUCCGUUGCCGAAGCUACCCUCGAGAUCCGCAACCAGUUCAUCCGCAAAGUCUACACCAUUCUUACUGUCCAAAUACUCGCAACAACCCUCGUGAGCUCUCUAAGCUUCAUGAGCGAUGGCUACAGAAGUUGGAUUCAGAAUAACCCCACCGUUCUCUGGCUGUCUCUCUUUGGCUCCAUGGGUUUCAUGAUCCUCACCUACUGGAAACGUCACUCAUAUCCUACCAACCUGCUCUUCCUCUCCGGCUUCACACUUCUUGAAGCCUACACCAUCUCCGUCAUUGUCUCUUUCUACGACUCUUCUAUCGUACUCAACGCAGUCGUGCUCACCGGCGGCAUCUUCAUCUUCUUGACGGCCUUCGCUUGUCAGUCCAAGUACGACUUCACUUCAUGGAUGCCAUAUCUCUUUGGCGCUCUUUGGGGCUUGGUCCUCUUCGGGUUUAUGUCCUUCUUCCUUCCUCACACCAGCACAACUGAGCUCAUCUACGGUCUGUUGGCCGCGUUGAUCUUCAGCGGCUACAUCCUCGUGGACACACAGCUCGUUAUGAGGAAGCACCAUGUCGAGGAGGAGAUCGCUGCCGCUUUGAGUUUGUAUCUUGACAUUAUCAACCUGUUCUUGGCCAUUUUGCGGAUUCUGAACAGCCAGAACAAUAACUAA